AAAUCAAUGUUUAUUAUAUUAUUUUUUUUUUAAAUUCGUUACCGACAAAUUUUGUUUAAAAUCAAUAUUUUAUAUUUCAAUUUUUAAAAACAACAAAUAUUUCAUAUUAAUAAUCGAAAAUAAUGCAAAUUAUGUUUUGAAAAAUAAUAUAGCACAGUUUUGUGCUGAUUCUGUAAACACCCAUUUGUCCUUCGGAAACUAUCGCUUAGGUUGAUCAUCUCUAUCAUUGAUCUCGAGUGUAGGUAGCGCGAAUUUCGCCCGUUUUGCCUGGAAAACCACCCCUUAAUGACCUUCCGUCUAGGUAGCGAUCAUCUGGCCAUGGCAACAGCGUAAUUUUCGUCAGUAUUAUAAUUUCAACGUAAGUGACAACUACACGGAUGACGUCAACAACAGAUAGAGACACAGCACCCACUGUGACUUCGCUCCUGCAGCUGAACGACGAUGUCCUGGCACUGAUCAUCCGCCAGCUGAAUGUGUUCCAGCAGUAUGAGAUCGGCAGGUUGAAUCGACGGCUGGAGAGCGUUGUCCAAACCAUCUGGAGGACCCGAGUGCGCAGCGUUGUCCUGCAGGAUGAGAUGUUCCGACGGUCAACUGCUACCAAUGCACGAUUCUUAGCCUUUAUUCUGGCAUUGGUUCCUCACAUGCAGCGCAUGUGCUGCCAGGAACUGGACGUUCGGAAAUUGCGACUGUUGAGUAGCCAAAAUCUCGACAGGAUCACGCACUUGGAGUGGCUGGGGGACAGCAAUCGCCGCGGACGAGUUCGAUUUGUGGACGAGGAUGUUCGCCUUAUAGGCCGGGUCUUCCCGAAAUUAAGAAGGCUCAAAUUGAGGAAUUGCCAAAUCACUGGAAAAUAUUUAUGCGACCUGGAGCAGCUGAGCGAACUGUGCCUGGACGACUGCCAGUUCCUGGAGUCACAUCACUUCCGAGAUCUCUUCCGGCAGCUGCGCCUGCGCAAGUUCGACAUAAUGGAGGACUGCGACGAGGUCAACUGCUGUGACCUGGUCGAUCUUCACCUGUGCCCCACACUGGAACACAUCAAGAUAGCCGACUACCACCUGUGCAUGGAGUCGGACAUUACGCAGCAACUCCUCCGGCUGCCACGUCUCCAGAAGCUGUCGAUUUACUCCAAAAACUUUGUCUUUGAUGUCCUGGCGCGCAUAGCACGUCCCGCAAAUUCGCCAGCAAGAGCAGCUACAUUGAUUGAGGGCUUUCGCUUCAGCGGUGUACUCCAUGAUUAUGGAAGAUUUUUCCAGGAACUGGCCAACCUGCGUCAGCUGAAACGACUGGAGCUCCAUGGCCAGUCGGAUGAUGAGGGCGAUGGGCAGGGACUACAGGUCUUGGGGGAUCAGAUCUUGAGUCAGCUAUCCAAUCAAUUAACCAGUCUCACCGAACUCCGUUUGUGUGGCUACCAGUUGGAGAGUCCUUCGGGUGUGCUGGAAUUCGUGACCAAGUGUCGUCAACUGAAGAUCCUGGACGUGACUCGCUCCCGUUGUCAUGGCGAGCUGUUUGUCUGGCGUUGUCUGGGCAUUCUGUCCAAGCAACGGUGGCGGGCAGAGCCGCUGGAGUUGUGGAUCCGGCAGAGCGACAUCAAGUCAGAUAUAGUCCACAGUCCGCGGUGCCUGGACAGUGUCAGGCUGCUCCGAAUCGACGCAAAACAGAUCGGACCUAGUCUAGACUGCAAGUCCGGGGUGUUAAAGUUCAUCUUCGUUCGGUGAUGCAUCGUUCAGAUUGUGAAUGGGGUAAUCAACUGCCCAUUGAUGUGCCUCGCGAGCCCUGCGGGCCUGAUAACACCCGUUUAUGAACUCAAGACUGAAUACCCGAAUACCCUUCAUCAAAGACCCCGCUGAUAUAGAAGUUUUAAACAAUAAUUUAGUCGAGAUAUUUUUAAAAAUUAACCAAUAGGUGCCAAAAAAAAAGUUAUGUAUUCCUAUACCCACAAAAUAAUAAAGUAAAAUGUAUGUAUUACUUAAUCGAAUGUUACAAUCAUGAUUACACUUACCAACAAGAUCAAAGGUGUUUAGUGGAUUUAAGGGUCGCAAUCUUUUGCAAACAAAAUAAUGAGUGUAAAUAAUUAAAACUAAACUAAUUAAAUUUUCCAGGAAUCGGCAUUUCUUUCGAGCUGUCAUAAUAGAAACUGAUUGA